UCCCCCUCGCCCCCUCGCCUACCCUUUCCAUUUCUGCUCCUCCGCGCCCCGAUCCCGAAACCCUAGCCAGCCCAAACCCUCAGCGGCGGCGGCGGCGCGGUCAGUACCCGCAGUGUGUUGUUUCAGCUCCGGCACCACCAUGGGCUGCUUCCUCUCCUGUUUCCGCGGCGACUCCGCCCCGUCCGGCGAUCUCCGCGAUCCGCUCGUACGGGAGAGCCGGCUCGGGGACGCCUUCCUGAAUGACGACAAAAAAAUUGAAGCGAGUGGAAGGCUGGACGUGGAGGCAGCUAAUGGCGGAGUCGUCGAUGAGGAGCUCCUCAGAGAGGCAAAUUAUCUUAAAUCUUGUGGCACAAUAUCUCAAACCCCACCAGAAAUUCUCGAAGUUCCAAGCUCAGCCAGUUCAGAAGAAACUAAUGAGAUCAAUGACACGUCAACCGAUGUGCAAGUGAUGAGAGAGACAAAACUACUCGAAGGGAACUUAACUGAAGUGUCCAAAAGUGAUGAGCAGCCUGAUACACUGAUUGAUGAACAGAACAUUGAUGAGGGAAUUCUCAGGGUGGAAUCAGAAUCUCGAUCAUCCUCACAGGACAAUCCUUCAUUUGAGAACAUCAUUGAUCACAAGACUGAUUCUAGUGAUUCACCUUAUCCAACCCCUUUUGUCCUCAGAGGUGACAUCCAGACUCCUGCAACAGUAUACACUGCAUGUAUGGGGAAUUCAAAGCCAGGAAAGCGUGCAAGGGCCAGCAGACAGUUCAUUUACCCUGUUCUGAGACCAAUUGAGAACAAGCUACAGUGGAUGGAACUAAAGGCUGAGUCGCCUGUGGUAGCUUCCAAUCCUCCGAAGAGAAGAAAUUUGAGUGCGGAUUUCAGCGAGAAGCCUCAGCAGACAUUUGCAAGUUCAACUGCCACACAGACAAAAUCAUCAAAAUCUGAAUCCUUCCCAUUUCAUGACAACUGUGCGGAGCAGGAUGAAGUCAUCUCUCCUGAGGAAACCAAGGGUCAGAAUGUCAACCAACAGCUGUUUGAAGGUGGAGAGCCACUGAACCAAAAUUCAGAACACGGAAAGCAUGGUGUUUCAAGCCUCUCUUAUUGGCUGAAGCCGUCAUCUGCAGAUGAUGAGAGACACAGCGACGCCAACACCGAAGACAACUUUGGGAAAGAAUCAUGCUAUGAGAACAGCGUUUUCGACGCGCCUAUCUUUCCAGCUUCUGGUUUCAACUGGGACAAUGACAAUCCUACCCCUGUGUUGCCCAAGACGUGGGAUGGUAAUGGAAUCCCAAACACCACAACGAAGUACAAAGAGGACCAGAAAGUCAGUUGGCAUGCCACACCGUUUGAGGAAAGGCUGCUGAAGGUUUUGUCGGAUGAAAAACCGCACCAUGAAAGGAAAAUCAGCGGCAAGCUUAUCCACCUUGAGGAAAACGCCGAGUAGAGAGAGCCUUUGCAAGAAGUUGGAGACGCGCGUCCCUGACAUGAACUGUCUAAAAAUGGUCGUGGUCUUGCCCAGCACAAAUAUGAAUUUUCGAUGGCCGUGCGUGCUAUCGACUGCGCACAGCCCCUGUAAGUAUAGAGUCGAGUGUCCGAACGAAUUGUUUCCAAACUCCAUCCCGCACUGCUGCGUGAAUCGGGGACCAGCCCUUGGCUGGCUGCCAUUUGCCAACUGCCUGUUGGUCCUCUCGUCGCUGGACAGGCUUGCGCCGUAGCGGGGGGCCAAAGCGGUGUAUGUGACCACAUCAACCGGUGAUUGGUGCGUGGUGUCAAUACAAGUCAGCAUUACUCCGUUUCUUUAAAAAAAUAAAAUUGUCCAUGGCAUAUUCAAAGUCA